AUGCCAUUAAGUCAGAAUAUGAAUAUGACAGAAUUGUCCAGAUUCAGGACCAGGAUUUGUGAAAGAAAAGCUCUACAUGGUGUAUGUGAGUUAGAUGAACGUUGUCCAUUUUCACAUUGUCUUUCAUGGCAUCGUCGUAAUCCAUAUGAAUAUGCAUAUCGACCAAAUCUAUGUCCUAAUGUUGUAUUUCAUAAUGAAAAUAAGAAGAUGAGGGUAAAGAAUUAUUGUCAGCGUGGUAGGAUGUGUAUGUUUUCUCAUACUAAAGAGGAGCAAAUGUAUCAUGUAUUAGUAUAUAAGACACAGCUUUGUAGGGAAUAUCCUCUUUGUACAAAGCAUUAUUGCCCUUUUGCUCAUGGACUAGAUGAAUUACGUAAUCCUGAAUCUAUAGAUUUUGAUCCGGUACAAGGCCCUGAGGUUAUAGAAAGACAACGACUAAUUCAUGAUAGUAAUAAAUUAUCAGAAGAUAUGGAUUGUUUAUUAGGUGAAAUUACAGAUGGAAACUUGAGAAAUAACGAUAUAACUGAACAUUCACCAAUAAGAUAUCAUAAGCACUUAGGUAAUAAGAUGCAUGGUUCAAAUAAUUUACACUCACCUAAAAGAAAUGGGAGGAAUUCAAGAAAUAAGAAUAAUCAUAAUGAAUCUUGUAAAGGUGAAACUACUCCAGUAAAUAAUAAUAAUGAUUCCCCAGUUACUCCUUCUACUGGAUGUGAAACACCACUUCCUCGUCAUGGGAAAGUGGAGUAUACAUGUUUAAAUGAAUCUCCUAAGAGCUAUACACAGAAUGAAGUUGAUAAACAAAAUACUGAUAAAUUACUGAAUACAACAAAUAGCUCAAGAAAAGAUACCCAUAGACACUUUGAUAAUAGUAAUGAAUUACAUACUGCAAGAGAUAAUAUCAAAAUUCCUCCUCCGCCCUGUAAUGUACUUGGGUUAGGUUUUUCAUCUGGAGAUAUAAGGAAUUUGGAUGAUUGCUCUAAUAAAUUUGAGUUUAAUUCAUUACCAUGGACAAAUGAUUGUAAUAUAUCUAGUCCAAAUAACUCGAAUAAUACUGCUAUUUAUAAGAAUAUGCAUAAUUCAAAUGUUAAUGAUGAUUAUGAUAAUGGUGCUAGUUUAGAACAGAUGUCAUAUUUAAUGCAAUUGCAAUUAUUAUCUCUUUCAGACAAUCCAAAUGAAGGAAAUAUAAAUAAAGAUAUGAAGCAUAAUGAAUGGCACUUUUCAGGGGCUCCAUUUGGUUUAGCUGGAAUAUGUGGUUUUUCAAAUGAAGACAGUGCUAUUAAUGUAUAUACACCUGAUUUAACACCACAUUCAGAGAAUACUGCUGCAUUAACUAUAUCAAUGACUUCAAGUGCCAUUAAUCCAGGAUCAAACUUAAUAGAUCAAACACAUAACUAUUUUGAAGAAAUAAAGUGUGAUAAAGAAAGAAAUAUUACUGUAGAUAGUGAUAAGCAUGACAAGAAGUGCGAUGACAACGCAUGGCAACUGUUUCAUCCUAAUCUAUUUACAGCCAAUAGUAGUGAAAAAGUUUUAUGGACAGAAGGUUGUUGGGUAAAUACUUCCAAUUACUAA